AUGAUCCAUAUUCUGAAAUUCACUACAGUGCCAUGCUGCGUCUUCUUACCUGAGAACUCCGUACAGUCGGAGUAUACUCAAGUGCCUCGCGAGCGUCUAGCGCCAGGGACGGUAGCAGAUUUCCCUGGCUCUCUUGUGGCCAAUCAUCUUGGUGGUACCCUCAAAGCUACGACUUAUCCACAAGACAAAGGAAGGCUAGUCAAUUGGGUCGCCUACUUCAGGGAAGGGUGGGACGAUCCUGGGAUAUGGAAAAGCGCUCUCGUAGGAGCGUUCGCCUCAUUCCUUCUUUGCUACCUGAGCGGCAUGAUUGACACGACCAUUACGAAUUUUGGGACUUCGCAGGCUCCGGCAUAUGCUGGGGUCGUUAACAUCUUCCUUCUGACUUUGUUUAUCAUGGCAUUUGCGCCUGGCUCUGGAGCCAUACUCUACAUGAGCGGCCAACUUCUGGGUGCCGGGCUGGCUGGUGGCGUCCUUCGUGGUGCCUUUGGCGCAGACCGCUCAAUUGAUACGGGCAAACAAUCGCCUCGUACUCACCUACUACCACCCUCAUCAUGCCCAAGGUACCAAUCAGCCUCACCCUACUCGCCAGUGGAACCUCUGCUAACCAGCAUGCCCUUUCAGAUCACAGAAAUCCUCUUCGACUGUGACAACACCCUCGUCCUCUCGGAAGAGCUGGCCUUCGAAGCCUGUGCCGACCUCGCCAACGAGAUUCUUGCCAAAUACAACGUCCCAGACCGCUACACCGGUCCCGAGCUUCUCAAUGACUUCGUCGGCCAGAACUUCCGUGGCAUGGUCGUGAACCUCCAGAAAAAGUUUGACUUCAGCAUCCCUGGCCCUGAAAUGGAAAAGUACGUGGCUAUGGAAGAAGACAGAGUGAUCGCCAAGUUGGAGAGGGAUGCCAAGCCCUGUGUAGGGUGCUCUGAGGAGCUCGACAAGCUAUACAAGGCUAAGAAGUAUGGCAUGGCUGUGGUCAGCUCAAGUGCUCUGCGCCGUGUCCAAGCGAGCAUCGACAAAGUCGACCAGGCCAAGUACUUCCCCAAAGACCACAUCUUCAGCGCUGCCACCUCUCUACCAAAGCCAACCACCAAGCCGGAUCCAGCCAUCUACCUCCACGCCUGCAAGGUCAUCGGCAAGGAGCCCGGAGAGUGUGUGGCCGUGGAGGACAGCAAAAGCGGGACCUUGAGUGCCGUCCGUGCGGGUAUCCCGGUCAUUGGCUACGUCGGCAGCUACGGCGGCAGCGAGAAGCAGAAGGAGAUGACCGAGACCCUCAAGGGAUUGGGCGUCGGCAUUGUGAUGCAGAACUGGGACGAGUUCCCACAGUGCUUGGAGGCCAUCGAGAAAAGUUGA